GGCGGGACGAAAAACACGAGACAUAUAAACCAGCAGACCACUUUGUUUCUGUCUUUCGUUUCGAUCGUGGGUUGAUAUAGUGGUAAACAUGGCGGAGGCAGACCGACCAGGGAAGCUCUUCAUCGGUGGCCUCAACACUGAAACUAGCGAGAAAGUUCUUGAAGCUUAUUUCAGCAAAUUCGGCAGAAUAGCAGAAGUUCUGUUGAUGAAGGAUCGUGAAACAAACAAAUCUAGAGGUUUCGCCUUUGUAACUUAUGAGAAUCCUGGCAACGCAAAAGAUGCAGCAAGGGAAAUGAAUGGAAAGCCCCUUGAUGGAAAGCCUAUUAAAGUAGAACAGGCCACAAAACCCCAGUUUGAGUCUUCAGGGCUUCGCGGUCCAACAACUGUUCAUCCACGGAGUCGUGGCUCUGCCAGAGGACCACGAGGGUCCAGAGGAGCACCAAGUGGAAUGCGUGGACCACCAAGCAGAGAACCCUAUUUUAAAGGCAUGUCGUCCAGAGGCCCACCAGUGAAGAGAGGACCCCCAGUGCGGAACGGAGGCCCUCCUCCCAAGAGAUCCGCACCAUUGGGGCCAAUGGGCAGACCACCAAUGUCAAGGGACAGGGAUCCAUAUGGCCCCCCUCCACGUAGAGAAUCCCUGAUUUCAAGGAGGGAUGAUGGUCUUCCACCACAUGAUGACCACUAUAGUACUAGAGACGGUUACUCCAGCCGUGACUACAUGAGCUCACGUGACACCCGGGACUAUGCUCGACCACAAGAUUACCCAUACCAGGAGUAUCCAAGCCAUUCCAGUUCCAGAGAUGAAUAUGGCUCUGUGUCCAGAGGUUACAGUGAUCGUGAUGGAUUCGGUGGCGGACGAGAGCCCAGGGGUUAUAUGGAGCGGCUGAGUUCAGGCUCCUACAGAGACCCUUAUGAUGGUUAUGGUAACUCACGAAGCACCCCACCCUCAAGGGGUCUCCCUCCAUCCUACAGUGGGAGUAGUGGAAGCAGUCGUUAUGACGACUAUGGCAGCAGUUCCCGGGAUGGAUAUGGCAGUCGCGACCGUUAUCCCAGCAGUCGGAGUGACCCAUACUGCGGUAGUCGUGGUGACCGACCGGGUAGGCAAGAGCGGGGACCACCUCCCCCUCUUGAUAGAGGCUAUCCUCCUCGUGAAUACAGAAGAUCAAACCGUGGGAUGCCUCGGGGUGGUGUCCGUGGAGGCGAUCGGGCAGAUAGAGGAAUGGCCAGGAGCCGAUACUGAAAUGGACUCUGGGGGGUGACCUGGACAAAUGAUCUUUCGUUGAGAAGUUCAAAAACGUUAAAAAAAAACUCUGGAUUUUGUGCUUCAGUUUCAAGCUGUACCCAAACUUGUGAAGGUGUUUUUUUAUUAUUAUUUUUCCUCCCUUUUAAAUGCAAACCCUUUCCCCUUGCCCAUCUUCCAUUGUAAUGGUACCGUUGGAAAUUUAAGUGAGUUCUUGUUUUGUACACUAGUGAUGUUAAACAUGCAAUGCCCAGAAGAAUGGCUUUCAUUUACCAAUAAAGUUAAACAAAGAUCUUGAGCAACACUACUAUUCAAGAGAAUCUUAGAAACUAUGAAGCAUACAAUCUACUUAGUCACCUGUUUGUUUUCAUAAGCGCCCCCAGCUGGCACUUUCAUGAUCAGAUUAAGAUACAAAUGCAAAACAUGAAUGUGGCCAUGAUUGUUCAAAUUGUUGGGGACAGGACAAAUGUCAUUUUAUUUUUUUUACAAACUCUCUGGGAGUAGUUUUUCUCAGUGCAAAUGGAUUGUUCAUCUCAAAGCCAAAGCGUUGACGGCUUGCAUCGACCAAUCCAAAGACAACCAAAAUUCAAGAAACAAUUCAGCACCACUGAUUAAACCUGUCAACAGCUGGUAAGCAAAGCAAACCCUUUUGUUCUGGUAUAAGUGACUUCUCGGUCGAGUCAUUUUCAGCCUAAAGUUUUGUCUUAAUUGCCCUUACUCAAACAUCGUCUUGGUUGCCAUGGCAUUGUAAAUGCAAUCCUGCUGUCUGAAACUUAAUUUCGUACAAUUUAACAACCUUGUCUACAAUGGAGUCUAUGCCCCCAACCAAUGGAUCAAUGAGUUUAAGAUUACUUGGUCUCAGAAAUAUCCGCUUCAGAUUCUUUUGUUGCACUAAAGGACAAAAUGUCUGGAUUUUUUUGCCCCAUCACGUUUCACUUUCAAAUGAGAAAAUGCCCUUUAAGGAUAUUAAAAUGAAUCUUCUCAAAGGAUCUAUACCUACAACACAAAAACCACAUAGCAGCAAAACUCAUUCAAAACAUAAUGGAAACCUUUUGAAAUAGUUGUAAAUUAAAUAGUAAAGUAAAUUUAGUGUUAACAAAAACCAGAGCCCACACUCAAGCAUGCCAAUUGUAGCAAAGGAGACCACACUGAGAGAUACAGCACCCUACAAACAAACCUGGACAACCAUUCAAAUUGGAUAAUUGAAUUUAUUUUUGUUUAAAAUAUCCCCUCCCUUUUUAAGCUAUGAUGGUUUUCUGAUUGUAAUUAUCUUGUUGCAGGAUGAAUGGAAGGAAAUUGGAAUCCUGAUGGUAAUCCUAUAUUACUGAUAACCACCUGUUUGUCAUGGUGGAUAGUAAGCUACAUGGUGAUUGUGUAUUUAAGCAGAUUAUCCAGGUGGAGACUGCUGUCCUGAGGUCCUUGAAAUGGAGUUGUGAUGGUUCUACAAACAAACUUUAAAAAAAAAAAAAAAAAUGUUUCUAAUAAACAGUCAGUUUAAUUG